GCGGGAGGCGGGUGGCGGGAGGGAGGCGGCGGGCGCGGCCCCGGCCCGGCACGAACGAGGCGGGGGGCGGCGGGGCCGGGCCGGGCCGGGCCGGGCCGGGCCGGCCGGGAAGCGGGGGGGCGGGUCCGGCGCCGGGCGGUGGGGAGCCGGACGGGGCGCGGCGGCCGCAGUCAUCCGGCGCGGCGGGCAGCGGAGCGGGAACAUGGCGAGCGUAGGGAACGGCACAGAGGAGAGUGGCGGCGGCGAAGAGGAAAACUUUGAAGAUGCCUAUGAAAAUAUCCCCAUGGCAUCCAAGAUGGAUAUCAAAUGUGCUCUGGAAGAAUGUUCAAUGGCACUGAACUUAUUUCUGAACAAUAAGUUCUCUGAAGCCCUGGAAAUACUUCGGCCAUGGUCUAAGGAUAGUAUGUACCAUGCCCUUGGGUACAGCACUAUUUUAGUUAUGCAAGCUGCUAUGACUUUUGAACAGCAGGAUAUACAAAUGGGAAUUUCUGCAAUGAAGGAAGCUUUGCAAACCUGCCAAAGAUUCAGGAAAAGAAGCACUGUGGUGGAAUCCUUGUCCAGUCUAGUUUCUAAACAGUCAGUGGAUCAGUUGAGUGAAGAGGAAAUGCAUGCUGAAAUCUGCUAUGCUGAAUGUUUGCUACAGAAAGCAGGUCUCAUCUUUGUGCAGGAUGAAAAUAUGAUCAACUUUAUCAAAGGCGGCCUCAAAAUUAGGACAAGUUACCAAAUAUACAAAGAAUGUCACCAGGUGCUACAGAUGACUCAGGGGAACAAAAGCAAAAAUGAGACUUAUUACCAGUUUGAAGGAGGAGUAAAACUUGGAAUUGGAGCAUUCAAUUUGAUGCUGUCACUACUACCAGGAAGGAUCCUUCGACUUUUAGAAUUUAUUGGAUUUUCUGGCGAUAGGGAGUUGGGCCUCAGCCAACUACGGGAAGGCGCAUCUGGCAGCAGUUUGAGGGCCAUUCUGUGUACUUUCACCCUGUUGGUUUAUCAUACUUACAUCUCCUUAAUCCUUGGUACAGGGGAAGCCAACUUUGAGGAAGCAGAUAGUCUCCUCGAACCCUACCUCCAGAAAUUUCCAAAUGGUUCCAUUAUUCUAUUUUAUGCUGCCAGAAUAGAUACACUGAAAGGAAAUUUGGAAAAGGCGCAGUUGAGGUUCCAAGAGUGCAUAACAGCCCAGGAACAGUGGAAACAGAUUCAUCAUCUCUGUUACUGGGAACUGAUGUGGUGCUACACCUUCCAGCAGAACUGGCUUCAAGCAUAUCGGUAUGCAGACCUGCUCAGCAAAGAGAGCAGGUGGUCUAAGGCAAUAUAUGUAUUCCAGAAGGCAGCAAUUCUGUGUAUGCUUCCAGAGGAUGAUUUGAAAAGGACUGGUGAGGACAUUAUAUCUUUAUUCAGACAAGUGGAGGGUCUAAAACGGAGAAUUUCAGGAAAAUCUAUCCCAACUGAGAAGUUUGCAGUAAGAAAAGCUCGACGCUAUACAAGUUCUCAACCGGUGAAGCUGAUACUGCCUGCCUUGGAAAUGAUGUAUGUCUGGAAUGGCUUUGCAAUUGUGGGCAAAAGAGCAGAUCUCACUGAAAACUUACUGGUAACAAUUGAAAAAGAAGAAGCUGCUCUAGAAAAUGAAACUAAUCACAAUGAAUACUAUAUGGAUGAUGUGUGCAUGUUGCAGUUACUAAAGGGCCUCUGCCUGAAAUACUUGGGAAGACUCAUGCAAGCUGAACUAUGUUUCAGUAAAGUAAUUCAACGUGAGAAGCAAAUAAAAUACGAUAGUUACUUGGUGCCGUUCACCCUGUAUGAGUUGGGUCUUCUGUACAAACAACAGGAUGAGAGAGAAAAAGCAAUAAGAUACAUAGAAACUGCAAAAAACAACUACAAAGAAUACUCUAUGGAGUCGAGGUUGCACUUCAGAAUUCAUGCAGCACUUGACAGCAUGAAUGCGUCAUCUGCUUCAACACCUUGAACGAGGAGGGACGCUUUUCAUACAUACAAUAGCCUACACAAUCUUUUUGCAAUCUUUUUUUUUAGUUAUUGAAAGGAAGCAACCUGAUGGUUGUUUUCUGUCAUCUCUGAUUUGAUGUAUAUUAUUCCUUUAGACUGUUUUUUUUUUCUCUGUAUAGUGCAUAUACUGUAUCAACUUGCUACUUUAAAAAGACCUUAUAUUUUGUUCGAUAAAAAUAAUUAAAUAUUUGACUUGAAUGGGGAAUAUUUAAAAAAAAUGAUGGUGCAAUAAAGUUUAAUGCAAUUAUUUUAUUUUUUUAUAUGAAAACAGAUGCUGGUUAUGCAGUGGAACUGGUGAUAACUUCUGCAUUUUUUAAAGGUUUGAUUUUCUGCAGUAUACUUGAGACCUUUUUGCCUCUGGAAUAAAAAUGCAAUGUCUGCAGAUAACUUUACUCACAUUUGGCAUACCAGAUUCUGAAAUUUGUGUUCCAGAGCAAAAAAUUAAUCAUCUUUGACUUUAUUUCAUUCUGGGAACAGAAUUAACCUGUCUGAAGUGUGGUAUUUUUACACUGUCAGAUAAAGUUAAGCAGGGCUACAGGUAUAAUGUCUUUGCAGGUCUGUUUCAUUCAAAAUAAGUGGUUAUGUGGGGUAUUUUUCAGUCAUAGAAAAGCAGGGCUGCUGCUCUUGCAGAAUCAACAGUCUCAUGUCAUUCCCGACAGAUUUGUUAAACCUGUUUAAAAAAAAACCCAACAAAACAACAAAAAACCCCACCAAACCCAAAAAAACCCUCAAACCAGAAAACCAAACCAAACCAAAAAAAUACAACAAAACCAAACUGAACAACAACAACAAAAAAACCCAACCCCCAAAAAAACAACGCCCCCAAAAAAAAACAAUCAAAUAAAGAACUACCCAAAAAAAACCCAGCCCAAAUCUUGCACUGAGAGACACUUUGUAACUUACACAGGAUGUCUUUCGCAAUGGAAAAAGGCUUGGAAAUUUUUCCUCUUGUCUACCCCAAAUAAUUCUUGGGUGCAACUGAAAUGGUUUGCUUCCCUGUCAUGGAUCUGAAGAAAGGAUUGUUCUUUUCCUUUUUUGAAGCAGUCUUUUAGUAUUUUAAGACUGCCUCCCUUGUUGGUUUUCUCUGUUCUUGGAUUCCAACCAAAAUAAAUAAAAAUUGUCAUUAUUUAUUUAUUUUCCCAGUAAUGGGAAUAACUCAUACUAAUGCAAGUUGACUGUGCAUCAAAACCUGAAUGCACUAUUAAAUUUGGAGUUAAGAAACUGUGCAUAUUCUAAUCACAACUUCCUACUUUCUACCACAAAUAUGUAGUAAAAUUGAGAUACAUUUGUAAGUGCAUCUAUUUUUUUUUUUCACCUUACUAUGUAAACAGCAGUAUCAAAUUGAGUUUACUAGUUCAUUAUAUAUACAGAUUCUGCUAGCUGUCUAUUCUUAAGAAUAUACUUGAAUUCUAAGUAUACAGCCAAUACCUGUUCUUUCACUAAUUAUUGCAAAACUUGUCCAUUUCCAUAUUUUAUUAAUGCCACUAUAUUUACUUCUGCACAGUAAACUCAUAGUAACUAUGCUCCUGUAUGUGAUUCUCUGCCUUAACUCCUAACUCAAGAAAAAACAGAACAGAAUUAUAUGAAAAAUGUGUCCUCAGUAACUGAAAGUUUCUAAUUAAAGUCAAUAUAAUGUAAAUGCUGUAGCUAUUCUUCUCGGGUGACGGAGAGCACAGCUUUCUUCUAUGACUUUGUAAACAACUGAGUCAUUUAAUUGGAUAUAAAUGAGUAAAAGAGAACUUUGUUUUCUUCAGUUCAGCCUUCCAGAGACAGUAUUAACGCCCUGUGUAUGUUACAGUUUGUCUCUUUUGGGAUCGGUGUUUUUGCACUUGUGCAAAAAACAGGCUUAUCAACACAGAUUUGCAGUACUCUCUCUAGUGUUCUGAUGCCCUGAGGUUUCCAGCAUUAAGUACUAUUUACAGCUUGUUUCCUUUUCUGUGCUGCUGUUCUGCACUUGUUUGUUAGAAAGCCUGAUUGAUCAAUAUUCUUAGCUUUAUUCUGGAUUUUUAUUCCAAUUUACUAGUGUUGGAAAUAUAAAUAUUUCAGUGAUUCCUAUCUCUUCAGGUAGGUCUCAGUAGAGCUGUAGAGAUGCUUUGUCUUCCAAAUGCUGCAGAAGAAGUGUAUGUCUCCCUGACACAUUGCAUCAUUGAUGCAGUAUUGUUUACUACGGUAUGUCUAAGUUAAGUGAUUUGUGGCUAAGAGUUUGGAUGAAAAGUUUAUGGCUUUUUUUUUUUUCCACCUGUUGUGUACUGUACCAGGCCUUAAAUACAACUCUGUUUUAGUCUUAUUGCUCUUUAUAUUUUCACCUUGCUUGUCUCUAAAUGGGAAUUUUGAAUAAUGUGUUGAAACUUUCAAACAGAGCAAAGCUGAGCAUUUAUCUAUGAUGCUAUAAACUCUUGAUAAUAGUAGAAAUUAUAAUAUAUACUAGAGCAAAGCUAAAUCUUGUUUAAGCGAGCAAGGCUAAACUUACAUAGUUACAGUAUGACAAAAGAUCAUUAUGAUCUUUCUGAUAAUAGAUGUAUAUUUUUUUAAGGUAAGGAAUCAUAAAGUAGCCUGGUUAUAAGACAAAGCUCCUCUUUGAUUAAAAAUUGUCUACUUAGAAAAUAUUAUAAAAAUUCUUGUCUGUGCAUAUCAUUCAAAUGUUUAGUCUGUUGGUGAAAAAUUGUUGUGUUAUGGGUUUUAAGUCCUUGCCCACCAAUUUUUAACAGAAUUGGAAUACUGUCGUAAUACACAUGGGUAACAGCUGUAUUUAGCGCCUUAUGGCCAGAAAAAUGUACAAUAAUCAGAUACUGUUAUGUUUUUAAAACACCUUGCCAACUAAUAUAUAAAACAAGUAACUGUAGCAAUCCAACUUAGGCUUUGCAGUUACUUUAUUACUAAUCUUAAUGUUUAAUGUCCUUUUGUUUCUGUAUGUUCUUACGCUGCAUAGUUCAACAAAGAAUGUUUAUAUUUGCACUAGUGGUGCAGUUUAUUUGCUUCUAAACUACGGAGGUUUGCACAUUGUUUCUAUGUGGUACCUGAGGCAGAAAAAUGGAGGCUGAGAUGGAAAAGUAUAUUCUGGUUUAAAGAGCAUGUAGAAAUGUUCAUUGUGAUGCAUUGGAAUGGAUUCUUACUUCAGAGGAGUAAAGCACAUUUUAUGCUUGUGCUACUGAGUGCUGAAUUUGGCACCGUAUUCUAGUUGUGCAUAAAGAACCUUCAGCUGGGAUUUAUCAAAACAAUAUCAACAGAAAAAGGCCUGAUCUCAAGUUUAAACAUGCUAUCUUGGGCAUAUAGUUCUUUGUAUACAACCUGUCUAGGCUGAGAGCUUGCACAAAUCUAUCAAGGUCUAGGAGAGAAUGAAGGGUCUUUGAAAUGUAGAUAGCAAAUAAAAAAUAAACCGCUUUAGUCUCAAUCUCUCACCAGUGAUCAAAUAAUACCUUUAAAUGGUAUAAAGUACAGGCGUGAUUAAUAAUUAACUCAUUCUGUUAUCAGUUAUUUAAUUUAAUUCAGUAAGAGCUAGAUAUGAUAUUCUCUAGGAUUCUUUUAAAUCCCAACAUUAAACCCAGGGAGAAAAUGAUCUUUAUACGUAUGUGCGGGGCUUGGUUUUAGUAACAUUUAGAAAAGUGAAUGUUCAAAGUUAUUUUUUAAUGUGACAUGGUUAAAUAUUUCCAUAGUUGCAUCUAAUCUUACCUGAUGUUUCACAGCAAAUAGGUCAAUUAACUAUUUGCUGGGAAUUACCAAUAUCCAUUACCUGUUACCAAUAAUUGCCAUGGUUUGAAUGAUAAGAAUGGUGAUUUUGUUUACCAUAAGAACCGAUAUAGUAGAUUAACUUGGCUCACAGCUAGGCAAAAGAGUGGAAAUAUUCCUGUGUACUAGUUAAUGUCUGUGAGAUGCUAAUUUAGUUUCAGCUAUUAGGCAUACCAUAGUCCAGAAUAAAACCUCUGUAGCUAGAUUAGAGUGCUUGCAGAGUAUUGAAUAAAGGAAGUACAUUGAAUAGAAGGAGGAAAAGAAAACACACUGAAGAAAGAUAGAAGCACAAAACCAGGAACUACAUCUGCAUUCAUGCCAGCAUAUGGCAGAAGUUAUGUUAUGAUCUGCAACUGGAACACUGCAUGCUGUUGGGUAAUAACAGUUCUGUUUAUUGAACAAGUCACCCUCUCUUAAGGAAAUCUGAAGAAGAGCCAAAUAAGCUAGCUUUGCAUUCUGGUUACAUGCUGUUGUACGUGAAAAGUUACUGCAUUGAUACCUCUGGGAUUUCUGGAGUUAUGCAAUCUAAUUGAAAUAAAAUUAUACCUUUUCUUGUCUAAGCAGUUCCAGGGGAUAGUCUUCAGUGCCACUUGGUAAAUUGGUGGGUCUUUUAUUAUGAGUUUUCCAUCUUUUUCAGUUGACUUAUGUUAAAACCACUGUGGUUUUUAUUUGAUAUACUACUCAAAUAGUACGUUGCAGUAGAGAUACCAAUUGGUUUUGGGUCCACUGUAAAACUGAAUUUAAAUUUUACUGACUGAAUGUUGUCAGGACAGAAAUGGAAAGGUGACUUCUGAUUUCUGAUACAGCAAGUUUUCUUAACUUCAGGAAGCUUGUCUUGCACCUAAAUGAGAUGAGGUCCACCAGUCUGAAUGGCCUCCAGUGCUUUAUCUGGAAAUUUUGUCCAGGUGGACUUUGGAAACUGUUACAUACCCAGUGUUUCUAGUGUGUGAAACCCAGUUGGAACAGUGAGAAGUUUGUUGGCAGCUGUUUUCUUCCUAGACACUUCUGAAGCUAAAAAGGGGAAACAAACUUUCCCUUUUUAAGGGGAAAAAAAAAAAAAAAAAAAAAAAUGAAAAGGGAGAGCUAACUCUUUGCUUUUAUUUUAGUUCUUUGAUUUUUUUUCAUUACUUGCCCAGGACAGCCGGUUGGAAUCCUAUUCUUAUCUGUCUGCCUGACUGUCUGAAAUAGAUAGCAGAGCCUUCAAAGAAAAGUCUUUCACCUAUUGUUAGUAUCUGUGCUUCCCUGGAAUAAUGCAAAAUAGAGGUAACUGUUUGUCUUGGCUAGCUGUAGCAGGGAUAGCCAUUAGGAAAGGAUCGAGGGAGAAAAUGCAGGAGAAAUUUGGGUGUGAAGGAUAACAGUGGGGUAGAAGUAGGAUUAUAUUGGAUAGGGAUUUCCACAGCACCUGAACCAUUGAUAUCGCACUAUACCAAACAAUGAUGUGAAAAGAUAGUGCAAAUGUCAUUGUGAUAGAAAGGUGUCAAGUAAGAAAAAUUAUAAUGCAGAGUAAUCGCUUGCUGGCUAAAAGGAGGCAAUAUGAUCCAGAGGUAAUGCAGAGCAAAAUAGCUAUUUCUCCUUAGGAAAAAGCUGAUGAGGAUAGAUAGACCUCCCUCCAGGCCAAAUUGCUGAUUUCAUGUAGUUGGAGUUCUCUGAUGACAGUUGCAGAGAAAGGGUGUUUUGAGUUCCUGUAUGAAGACUUUGUUAUCAGUACAACCAGAACAGGAUUACAUGUCUCUGUGAGAACCUUGCAGAGCUAUGGCUAAUAGCCAUUUCUUCGGAUGACAGAUGUCUAAAAUAAACGUACGAAGUUGUGGAAAAACACAUGGAAGUUUUGUAAUGCCAGAUUUUAAAAGUUUAAUGGUUUUAGUCUUUUUUCCCCAAGUUAAUUUGAAAAGUUUGCUUUUAUCUUUAUGAAUUGCUGACAGACUUGGCAAGACUUUUUUAAAAAAUUCAUUGUGUUCACUGUGGUUUAGAACUAGACAGUUAUCUACAUGUAGGUGUGAAGUGGGAUUCAUAUCUCCAUCUGAACUUUGGGCAUGUGUUGUAGGUUUCCUUAGGGGACCGCCAGAGAAAAAAAGAGAGGAUCAAUACUGAUCAGACAUAAUGGCUGAAUUAGGUUAAAUUAAAUCAAAUAAUAGGAAAAUAAUUGGUCUUAAAUUGUUACUUGUGAUGUCUUCGGUGUAAAAUUAGAGGUUGGGAGGCACUUGUUCACUCCUUUUUAAGAUGCUUCAGUUUCGUAGAUAUUAACUGUAGGAAGAAUCCCAGAAAAAACGAGUUGCUGGCAGCUACAGAUGUUCUUAACAGUCUGAAACGCUGCUCAGCUCAGGGCAAGUGCACAAGUUUUCCUGGAAUAAGAAGCUUUUCCAAGAACACUAUUCUUAAAACAUGGAUUAUGUAGACUCACAGCAACUGUCUGGUCUCCACUAUAGUACAGUUCAAUACCUGUACUCAUUUUGAGGGGAUAAAAAAAAAGAAAAUCACUUAGUAAAUUAAUAGCAGCAACAAUUUGAGUAGAAGAUAUAGAGGAUAGAGCCUCUUACUCUGGUAGAAAAAGCUAGAAAUGAACUGAUAUUAGAGUACAACUUGUUUAGAAUGCUAUAAAAUAGUAUUUUCUAAACUUUUGAAUGUUUGAAUGUUUUGAAUUUUAACGUUCUGUCAAUGGUCCUAUAAGCUCUUGCUGGUUUAUUUCCUGUGAAAUCUGUAAUGUUUGUGGACCUUCACACUUAAUUUUGAAGCUGCUGUUCUGUUGAUUGUGGGGGAUUUUUUUGGCACAGAAGCGAAUAUGACUAUAGCAAUUGUAUUUUUCACUACAUAAUAAAUUGUUUCUAUCCAAAACUG